AUGGACGCCAACGCCCCACCGCUUCUCGAUCUCACCAUCGACAACAUCACACCCAACGCCGUGCGCAUCAACUCCCAGAGCAGCGAUGCGCGUCUCACGUACCUGAUGGACCGGUUGACGACCCAUCUGCACGACUUUGCGCGGGAGACCCGACUUAGCACCGAUGAGUGGAUGGCCGCGCUUCAGUUCCUGACCCAGUGUGGCAAGAUUUGUAGCGACGUUAGACAGGAAUUCAUCCUUCUCUCUGACAUCCUAGGCCUAUCCCUUCUCAUCGACGCCAUCAACCACCCCAAACCACCUUCAUGCACCGAAGGCUCCGUCCUCGGACCAUUCCACACACACGAUGCACCCACCAUCCCCAACGGCUCCUCCAUGUCGACUGACCCCGAAGGAGAACCCCUCCUAGUGGUAUGCUCGGUGCGAGACACCCAGGGGAAUCCCAUCCCCGACGUCAAGAUCGACAUCUGGGAGACGGACUCGACGGGACACUACGAUGUGCAGCAUGCGGAUCGCGAUGGACCGAGUGAGCGGUGCGUAAUGACGAGUGACGCAAAGGGCGAGUUUUGGUUCAAUGCGAUCAAGCCUAUUCCCUACCCAAUCCCCAACGAUGGACCGGUAGGGAAGCUGCUGGGCCUUCUCAAACGGCACUGCUGGAGGCCGUCGCACAUGCACUUCAUGUUUGAGAAGGAGGGGUGGGAUCACCUCAUCACUGCGCUGUACCUGCGCGGCGACCCAUACGAAACCUCCGACGCCGUGUUUGGCGUCAAGAAAAGCCUAGUCGUGGACUUGGCCAAGGUGGAUGGGCCGACGGCGAAGCGGUAUGGGGUCAAGGAAGGCAGUUGGUUCCUCCAGCAGGACUUUGUGCUUGCGAGCACAAAGGAAACGGAUGACCUGCGAGAUCGAAACGCCGUCGAAGCGUUGGCCAAGCUGGGACUGAACAUGAAGCUGGUGGACCACCUCCCCGUCCCAGAUUUAGAUUAA